UACAGGAGCAUUUUUCUUCUCGUUAACCUAUUCUGGUUAACGAAUGGUGGAUUCAUUUUAGAGGAACAACACGAGCCGUUGAUAAGAAUGGGCACAUACGUGUUGAAGACAGAGCAAAUGAGAUACGAACAGGCCUAUAGCCUAGGAAAUUGAGGUAAAUAUAUAUAGAAAUAAAAAUAAGAAUUUAAAUCCUGUUUGUAGUAGUCAACAAAUACUUUUGACACUACGUAAAAUGUAUGCCAAGAAACAUUUAAACAAACGAAGAGGACGAAAACAUAGUGUAACGCCUCAAAUUACAAAUAUGGAAAGACCGAAAAGACACGAAAAUUAUGAGAUACCACAAAGAUUAAAAAUUUUGUUGGAAAGACCAACAGUAUCUCCGGAAGAACAGAUAAGACAUUCCUGGAAUAAGGAAGACUGUUCUGAAAACAUAUUUGUAGAAACUAAUGGUCUCACAGCCCAUCGAACUUAUGCAAGAAACAAUACUGAUUGCAUAAGAGGUAAAGUUGGGUUCACAAAAGGUCUCCAUGUAUGGGAAAUAACAUGGCCUAGUGAACAGAGGGGGACACAUGCAUACGUUGGAAUAGCAACGUCUGAUGCAACCCUACAAUGCAUGGGUUAUCAAAGUCUAUUAGGACUAGAUAGCAAUUCUUGGGGCUUUGACAUAAACAGGGGCAUGACGCUUCAUGAUUCAAUCAUUGACACGUACCCGAAAAAACAAAAUGGUAGAGAACGAAAAUCUUUUGAAAAGUUCAAAAUAAAGUUCGAGACUAUUAAAGUGAUACUGGAUAUGGAUAAAGGCACACUGAGCUUUUUAGCCAAUGGCCAAUACUUUGGAGAAGCCUUCGAGGGUCUCCAAAAUAAGACACUAUACCCAAUAAUUUCAACAGUUUGGGGCAGAAGUGAGGUAAAAAUGGAAUAUUUAGGUGGUUUAGAGUCUAAACCAAUUACCUUACAGGAAUUGUGCAAAUACACAAUCUGUAAAGGAAUGUGUUCAAUACAUUUCAAAGAAAAUGUCAAACUUUUCCAAUUACCAAAGUCAAUAGAGAACUAUUUGUGCCUUCAAGGAAAGGACUUUUGGAAAAGGAGUCUGAACACAGACAGAAAACAUGAAUGCACAAAUUAUUGUGUCACAAAUAACACGAUUGGGCUCCGAGUAAAAGACGUGUGAAAAAAAAAAAAUUAUGGAUUUACACACAUCUGUCAGCAUAUUUUUUUUUAGAUAUAUAACUAUGUAGUAUGAUAGAGUUUAAUUUUAAUAGUAUAUAAUUAUUUUUGGGAUUAUUCUACAUUUUAUUAUACAAUUAUUUAAUAGAAAACAAAAUGAGUAUAUUUACAGAUUAAUCCUGCCUAAAACCUCAAAUCAGGGGGGGUUUUAGGUCAACAGCAAUUUACCAGGCGAUCCACAGAAGACGAGAAGGAAGAUAAACCAGAAUGGUGAAUAGAAGGAAGGUAAAACAGAAUGAUGGUAUGGUGAGUGUAGAUUGCUGCUAUACGGUAAUGCAAGUGUAAUUUUGGGUUAUCCUUUUCGGUAUUAAAUACUUGCAUUGCUGUAGACCUGUUUUUUUUUUUUUCCUUUCAUAUUUCCAAUAUUUUUACUUUUAAUUUGGUAUAAGAUUUUUUGGCUUAAUUAUUGACAAGAGGGGUGAAUUAUCAUGAAUUCUCAAAAUUAUAUAUUUGUGAGAAAAAUAUUUUUCUUGACUCUAUAUUUUGAGUAAGAAAAUGGAAAUAUUAAAAUUAAAAUUGUUUUCAUUAUUAAUAAAUAUUAAAGACAUAUAUGCUUAAAUGGGAAAACAUGAAAAAGGUAUCAAAUUGGGAAGAAGUUGACAAUAGGAGAGAGUAGAGAAUAAAAAAAAAAAAAAAAAAAAAAAAAAAAAAAAAAAAAAAAAAAAAAAAAAAAAAAUUAUUAUAAUAUAAAUAAAAUACACUAAAAUUAAAAGUAAAGUAACAUACAAUUUAAAAUAUUCAGAGCGUAAAGAUAGGGAUAUAAAGUUAGGAACUAAGACUAGGGUCAGACAGUAGGAGAACGAUAAAAGGAUCAGUACUCACCGAACGGACGGCGGAGAUAAAAGACGGAUGGAGAGAGAUGAAUCUAGAACGGAUUCAGUAAAUAUAUAUUUGACUGAAUCAGAAAUUAAUAUAGCAGUUGAAUAAAACGGAAGAGAAAAGCAGUCUUUCAUCAUCAAUCAAGAAAGAUGUUUAAGGAGAUAAGACUAUUCUAUCAGCUAGGAGAAGCCGGAUAAGUCAUUAUAUACACACACUUUACACCACUUGCAAUGGGAUAGACCUGAAGAGCAGGAUCGAUGAAAACGGGUUUAUGUCUUCAGGGAACAGGAAGAAUCCCAAAUUUAUCGGCAGGAUUAUAAGUGUAGAGAAACACCAGAUCAAGUCUUAGGACUACGUGCAACAAAUGAUCGGUGUUAUAUCCGAGCAUAAAGAUUAAAAGCUGUAACAUCUAGGAUAUAUCUCAACAGAAUUCAGGACUUAGGUCAACCAAGAAAGAUCCUGAAACAACAAAUAUUCUUCGUGUUAAUGGGACGGAUAAUACCAAGGAAGGAGGAUAGACAGGAGUGGAUAGAGGAGCGAACGAAAGGGGGCGGACGGCUCUCAGGAAAGGAGAAGGAGAAGGAGUACGGAAUAGUAUGGAUAGAACAGUAGUAGCUAGGGAAUAGAGUAGUAGGGUACAGAGGCAAAAGAUCUUUCAUUUCCAAAUUAUCCAAAAAUCAGGUUCCUUCAAAUUUUUUUUUUUGUAACCCAUGCCAAAUACUUUCAUCAUGUUUUUAAUGAAUUGCAUUAAUUAAAAACUCGAUCAGUGGGGGUUUUAUGAGCCGACCUGAUUUUAGGCGGUUACAAUUAAUUUCCAUUCUCUUCCAAAGAAGGAUUAAGAAAAAUCCUAAAUGGAAAAAACAUCUUUGGAAAAACUUGUCAUUAAUAUGCAUGGACAAGAUGAUGAAAUCAUUUCUCUUGUCAAUUUGUUUCAACAUCGCAAGUGUUGAAACUUGAAAUUCCAUCCACCACUCAUGUUAUGAAAAUAUGAAAAGUGGAUCAUAAUCAAAGAAGGUAUUGUUUUGAUUAUGGAGGCAAAAACAAUACCUCAGUUAUUAAAUCGAACGCAAGUUCGAAUGUUUUAAGUUUAUAUUUACAGCAAAAAACUCCAAUUCGCGGAUGUUUAAUCAAAACAUGCAACCGAGCGGAUUUACGAAAAAGUCAACAACGAUUGCAUCAGCCGUGCACGGGCACGUUCGCGAGGAAAGAGACGGAAGAGCGGCCCGCUCUCGUGAGAAGACGACGCCGCGGGAAAAUUCGGAGUGACCGGAGUAGCGGCGAAUACUUAAGCUGGGACUUCAAGGAAGUCCGACGUCGUGAUAGUGAUACCCCUCGUGAGGCAGGUGCCUACGUCGUUAUAGAUAGUCCGCGGUUCGUUUAGGUGUUAACUCUUAAGUUUUAUUCCGCGAGGCAGAAGUGAUGCCCGUUGUUUAAGUUUCGGUUUAGUGUUUAAGUGAUUUAAUAUUUUUUCAACUUAACUGAUAGAUUAAAAGUAAUUAAAAUCGAGCAGAUGUAGUGCAGUUAAUCAAAGGACAUAUCA